AUGGCUAGAGGAAGCAGUGACGGGCACAGUGGUAGACGAGGGCGCGGUGAUGGUAGAGGGCGAUCAUCAUCCUCAGGGGCAUCAUCACAAGCGUCUGAUGGGGGCAUUCGUGAUUCAGUUGCCCAGAUACAGUUGGCUGGAGGUAGUGGAUCCGCUCCGACAUCAUUAGAAGAUACCGUGCCCAGCAGCCACUCGAGUACGGGUCGGAUUAUGUUGACCAUUACACCUCAGGGGCAAGUUAGGAACCCUAAUGGCUUUAACUGGAAGGCGACACAAGAUGAUGCGAAGAAUUUAUAUUUUAUGGAAUUCAAGAAGCACUUCAUGUGGGAUGAUAGUAUCGAACAGGCAGUGAAGUUGGAUUUUAUGAAGAUCGCGGCUCGUAGGUAUAAAGAUUUUGUAUAUGAAAUCAAGAUGGCAAAUGAUGAUCCGAAGAAGGGAAGGCCACCAUUUAUUCAUGAGCGUGAGUGGUCUGAUUGGUUGAGUUACUGGAGGAGUGAGGCUAUGGUUAAGAAAUCAGAAACGGCCAAAAAGUGCAGAAUGUCUGAGCCUGAAGGUCCAGGAACAGGACAAAUGAAGCAUAAAGGAGGCUCCAAAUCUACUCUCCAGAUUGCCGAUGAGAUUGCCAAAAAGAAGGGCGUUGAUCCCAGUCAGUGCUUCUAUGACGCUUAUGAGGUCCUCCACGUGAACAAAGAUGGAUCAUAUACUGACCCUAGAUCUGAGACAGUUGGGAGAAAAAUUGAAGAGCUAAGGGAACAACAAAGUCAGCCGGUGGUUGGAUCUACUGAGCCACAAGAGGUGGACAUGGCCAAAAUAUACCAUGAGGCUGUAGGUGGAUUGGAUAAGAAGAAGAGGUUGUUUGGUGUUGGUAGUCUGGCAUCUACCCUCAAGAGUGAUGGUUCGAGUGGAUCAUCUCACGCUCGGUCCUCAGCUUAUGACGAUACAAUAGUUGGUCUCCAGAAUGAGUUGCAGAAGGAGCGAGAUGAGCGUCGACAAGAGAGUGAGAGCUUCAGGGCACACCUACUAGCACAACACGAGUACUUGACUCGCUUUUGUGCACAGUCGGGAUUGCCCCCCCCCUCACCACCUCCGCCUCUUUGACUUUGAUGUGUAUUACUAUUUUGGAUAUGUAAUAUGUUAGACUUGGAUGUGUGUGAAAACUUAUUAGGAUUGUAGUAUGUGAAAACUUAUUAGGAUUGACUUGGAUGUGUGUUAUCAUUAGACUUUAGUUUGAUUUAAA